CAUUAACAUUCAGUGGGAAUGCAGGGAGAAUCAGAUCCAAACUCUGGCAAUGCUGGGACUUGAGGUUGAUUUUUCCCUUUCACUUUGCUAAAGUUUCUGAUGGGUGGAGCAUCUAGUACUCCCUUUAAUUCCUGAGCUGUGUUUCAAUUUCCUUUUGAGCAAGUGCUUUCCUGCAUUAACCACAAUUUUUAGAGGAAGAGAACUUGACAUAGUGUGAGCGCAGUCAGCUAUUAAAUGUACUCCUAAAAGAUCCUCAAAAUGAGAUUUCCAGGGGAGAUCGUUUGGCUUAUAUUGUGGACUGUUUGUAUGGCUGAAGAAAAGCCCUGUGAUUUUCCAGAAAUAAAACAUGGAAGUUUAUACAAUGAAAAGAGCUAUGGAUCAUACUUUCCAGUAGCUACAGGACAAAAGUUUUACUAUUCCUGUGAUUCCAAUUUUGUGACUCCUUCACAAAAGCAGUGGGAAUACAUUACUUGCACACACAAAGGAUGGGAACCAGCAAUACCAUGCCGCAGACGAUGUAUUUUCAAUUAUUUGAAAAAUGGAGAUUAUCCAAGGUAUGAACGAACAUUUCUCCAAGAUGAAACUGUGAGAGUUAAAUGCAAUUCUGGUUACAGUCUUCAAAAUGGGCAGACUAUAAUGACAUGUACAGAGAAUGGCUGGUUCCCUCCUCCAGAAUGCAUUCCUCUCGAAAGAUGUUUAAAAUCAGAUAUAACAAUUGAAAAUGGAUUUUUUUCUGAAUAUGAAUUUGCAUAUCCCUUGAAUAAAGAAACACAAUAUCAGUGUAAAUCAGGAUAUGUAACACCAGAUGGUAAAACUUCAGGAUCAAUUACAUGUCUGCAUAGUGGAUGGUCACCUCAACCCACAUGUAUUAAAUCUUGUGACAUGCCAGUAUUGGAGAAUGCCAGAAUCAAAAGCAAUGGCACAUGGUUUAAACUCAAUGACAAGUUGGACUAUGAAUGCCAUGACGGAUUUGAAAGCAGAGAUGGGCGCACAGGUUCCAUAGUGUGUGAUAACGAUGGUUGGUCUCAUAAACCAGCAUGUUAUGAAAUAGAAUGCAAGGUUCCAGAAGUAGGAGAAUACUUAGUUCCUGAACCCAGAAAACACAAAUAUAGAGUUGGAGACCUGUUGAAAUUCUCCUGCAGACAAAGACUUAAAAGAGUUGGACCAGAUUCAGUUCAGUGUUAUCACUUUGGAUGGUCCCCUAAUCUUCCAACAUGUAAAGAGCAAACAAAACAGUGUCCACCACCUCCUCAACUCCUCAAUGGGGAAGUUAAAGAAACAGACAAAGAAAUCUAUGAACACAAUGAUUUGGUGGAAUACAUUUGCAAUACUAGAUUUCUGAUGAAGGGUUUUAAUAAAAUUCAGUGUGUUGAUGGACAAUGGACAGACUUGCCUAUGUGUAUUGAGGUGGAGAGUACAUGUGGAGAUAUACCUGAACUUCAUUAUGGCUCUGUUGCUGAGUCUUCUUCCCCUCCCUAUCGCCAUGGAGAUUCAGUAGAGUUCAAUUGCAGAGAAGAUUUUACAAUGAUUGGACACAAGUCAAUUACAUGUAUUAGUGGAAUGUGGACCCCACUUCCUCAGUGCAUUGAUGAUCUCCCUUAUUUCACAUGGGAGGAAAAACCCAAAGUUGUAACAGAAAAUGAUAAACUGGAGAAGUGUAAAUACAGCUUGACUAGACAAAAAGCAAAUCCAUUAAUUAAGAAUGUAUUUGAUCAUAAUGAGAAAAUAAGUUAUAAAUGCAGAACAGGAAAGCAGAAACAUUCAACAUGCAUAAAUGGACGAUGGGAUCCUGAACUAAACUGCACAGAAGUUAGAACGCAGUCAUGCCCUCCUCCACCUCAGAUUCCCAAAGCUCAAAAUAUGGCAACGACGGUGAAUUAUCAGGAUGGAGAAAAAGUAUCUGUUGUCUGUCAAGACAAUUAUAUGCUUCAGGAUGCAGAAGAAAUUGUGUGCAAAGAUGGAAGAUGGCAGUCAAUACCACGCUGUGUUGAAAAACUUGCAUGUCCUCAACCACCUCAUAUAGAACAUGGAACCAUUAAAUCAUCUGAAUUUUCAGAAGAAAGAGAAGAAUCAUUGAAACCUAAGAUUUACCCACAUGGCAGCAAGUUAAAUUACACGUGUGAGGAUGGUUUCAGGAUAUCGGAAAAAGAUGAGAUAAUAUGCCAGAUGGGAAAAUGGAGUUCUCUACCCCGGUGUGUAGGGCUUCCUUGUGCGCCACCAGAAUAUGUGGUGGAAUAUAGUAUUCCACUUCGCAAAUCAGACACUUACCAGUAUGGAGAAGAAAUAGUGUACGAAUGUGUCGAAGGUUUUGGGACGAAUGGAUCUGCAUCUAUAAAAUGUUUAGGAGGAAAAUGGUCCCAUCCUCCAAAAUGCAUAAGAACAGACUGUUUUGGCUUACCCGACUUUGGUAAUGCCAUACCCAUAGGCCUAAUGAAGGAAUCAUAUAGGUCAGAAGAAAAAGUGACUUAUCGAUGUCCAAAAUAUUACCAGUUGGAUGGACCCAAUUUUGUACAGUGUAUUAAGAGCCAAUGGAUAGGAAAGCCAACAUGCAAAGAUACUUCCUGUGAGACUCCACCCGAAGUGAAAAAUGCUAUUAUACUAAAUAAGAAGUCUAGUUAUCUACCUGGUCAGAGUGCCCGUUAUGAAUGCGUCAAACCUUUUGAUCUGUUUGGGGAAGUAGAAGUGAUAUGUUUAAAUGGGACCUGGACACAACCCCCUCAGUGUGCAGAUUCUAAAGGAAAAUGUGGGCCUCCUCCACCUAUUGAAAAUGGAGACAUUACCUCAUUCCCAUCAUCAACAUAUGCUCCAGGAUCAACAGUAGAGUACAAAUGCCAGUCCUUCUAUGUACUUCAGGGACAGAGGACCAUAAGAUGUAGAAAUGGACUGUGGUCAUCACCACCAAAAUGCUUAGAGGCCUGUACAGUAUCAGAAGACAUCAUGAGAACACAUAAUAUACAAUUACGAUGGUCUUCUGAGAAAAAAAUUUAUUUUAAAACAAGGGAUGUUAUUGAAUUUGAAUGUAUCUCUGGAUAUCAUCAAAAGAGCCCGCCGCAUACAUUCCGAGCCACCUGUUGGGAAGGGAAACUGACGUAUCCUGAAUGUUCGGAAAAAUGGUGGUGAAGAUGCAGUCCUAACAUAAAAAUAUGUACAUUUACUCAGAAUUUUUCAUUAUCAAUCCAAUUCUCAGUUUAUUUUGUCAAGUAUUGUGUAACUCAUUUACAUUCAUAAAUCAGAAGUUGUAUUAAAUAUUUUGUGGAUGAUGUAAUUAUAAUCAGAGAGAGGGAUAAAUCACUUCUUAAAAGCGCCUCAUUAAAACUUGGCAAACCAAAA